AUGCCUCGCUUCAUCUUCCUCGUCAAGGCCACGCCCAUGACCGAAGGCCUCCCCGGCAACGCGCCGCCCGCCGACAUUUACGAGCGCAUGGCCAAGUACAACGCCGAGCUCACCGCGGCCGGCGCCUUUGUCGACGCCGGCGGCUUCAAGUCCACCGCCGAGGGCUACAAGAUCAGCUUCAACGGCGACGAGGCCACGUCCGCACAGGGCCCGUUCAACGUGGAGAGCGAGGCGCACGUCUCGGGCUUCUGGAUCAUUAGUGCUGCAAGUGCCGAGGAGGCGCUGGGCUGGGCCAAGAAGAUUCCGUUUGGAAGGGGCGAGGUGGCUGUUCGUGAGCUGCGCGACAACUAG